AUUUACUUUAAAUGACUUACAUAUGUAAUUUAAUAUGUUCAAAGAAUACAAUAAUAGUAUUGCAAGCAUUAUACAAGUCCUAUAUAAUCUAAAUCCCAAGAUGUUGAUUGAUCGGUGAAAAUAAAAGAAAUAUAUGUGUGUGUGAGUAUGCUAAACUUAGCUAUAAAGAAUUUUUUUAAUUGUUACAAAAUUCUUAAGAACGUUGUAUUAGGAAAAUAUUUCCUCUGCAUGAAUUUGUUAUAUUUUUAUUUAAUAUAUUCCAUUCUUUUGUCAAAUAUGAAGCAUAUUUUGUUUAAAAUAUUGUGUAAAUAUCAUCAUACUACCAGACAUAACUAUAUAGUCAUUAGAACUAUUAUAUUUAAAAAUGGUGUAAAGUAUUUAUAACAGGAACAAAUAUAAUAAUAAAGUAAUCAAAUAUAUAU